UCCAGCUGGACGUACAAACGCACGCACACACGCACACAAAGCAGUGCAGGCUAUGGUGGCAGAAGACGCGCAGGGACCGAGCUCAUCUCUUAUCAGCGCCUGACCCGCAGCAGUCACCGGUACCUCUGGAUGAGAGGAGGAGGAAGAGGAGGCAAAGGAAGAAGAUGUCUGUGAACGAGGUGUACGUGUUCCGACCCUUCAAGCUGAUCGCGCUGCUGUGCGUCUUCCUGGCUCUGUGUCUGGACGUGGUGGCUCUGCUGAGUCCCGCCUGGGUCACCGCCGACCACUUCUCCCUCUCCCUGUGGGAGUCCUGCUCCCAGUCCAACGCACGGCACCCGGGAGAAGAGCCUCAAUGGAGCUGCUUCUCCACACUCACGUCUGACUGGCAGAUCGCCACACUGGUGCUCCUGGUGGCCGGCGCCGUGGCGACUCUGGUGGCGUUUUUGGUGGCCCUCAUAUCCCUCUGCCGGGGGACUCAGAGACAGCACUACCGCACCGUGGCUGUGUUCCUCUUCACUGCGGUGGUUCUGCAGGCCUGCGCUCUCGUCCUCUACCCGAUCAAGUUCAUCGAUGGAACGGUUCUCCAGACCUACCACGAGUUUAACUGGGGCUACGGGCUCGGCUGGGGGGCCACUAUCUUCAUGCUGGGCGGAGGGAUCCUCUUCUGCCUGCGGACGGACAUAUACGAGGAUGCAAUGUACUGAGUCCCUCAGCAACCACCUCCCCCACCCGCACCCUGCUUCUGGAAAUACACACACAUAAACACACACACAGACGCCCAUACAGGCUGCGUGCUACUUUUGUCCACCCUGCAACACGGCCGAUGUGUAUGCAAGCACAGACCCUGUUUCUAUCUUUCUCUCGCCGUCUUGCUCUCUCUGUUAUUUUUAGACAGGUCGUGAAGGCCUAAAUUAGGCCAGGGGCUGUUUGAAUAGGGCCUUCACACCCCCACCCACCCCUCUCCACAUGCAGCCAGCAGGUCCCUCAGCCCUGCCGGUGUCAACAGUGAGGUGCAAAAGCACAGAGAGCUUUCUGGACAGGCCGCGAGCCUCCGAUGCUGGACGUUUCCACUGCACGUUGGCCCGGAUCGCUCUAUUGUCAGAGGAACAGGACGGUAGAUUCUCCGUGCACAUGUGAUUGUGCAGUGGCUGGACAUUUAAAGGGACUGACGCACACCACAAUGCCUUUUUUUAUUCUUUUUUGUAGCAUUUCACAAGGAGAAGCUUGUUGUUCAUGUAUUAUAGCAUCAUAUCCCACUUUAUAAACCCAAACUUGUCCCUUCAUGUGUUCUAUGGCUCAAACAUACCCAGCAAAGUGAAGCCAUCUCCUAUUAGAAGUGUAGAUUAGUCACCUGGAGCGAUCAAGUGUUUGUCUGAAAGGAAUACGUGUAAAUGUGUACAGAGUAUUUCUACAUGAAGAAGAAUACACAGCUGUAGUUUUCGGGAUUGUUAGAAAGUGUAAAUUAUUGUUAAAAAAAUCAUGUUGCAUUCUGACACGGGUGCUUCACAAUUUCACCUUUGACAGAAGUUUUAGAGGGACGCCUCCUUCUGGGCCGAAUGGCAAUAAGAGAAAGAAACUGACGAAUAUUUUCAUUCCUCAGAGGAGGCUGCACCAGGCUGUGUGGUGUGUGAAAAUAUAAUGCAUUGGUUGAAAGAUAAUCAGCAACAUAAAAAAGUUUAUUGCUACAACCACAAGGCACAUUUUGCAAUUAAAUUAGACAACCGUCUGAGAGUUGGCGUAUCCAUGUCAUGUAAUUAACUGAGAUAUUUUAACUACAUUGUCAUAUUAUUUUCUUGUCAAGGAUAAAUGUGCUUGAAGGGUUACAUUUAUGAUUGUGUUUAUUAAACAUUACAAUCGGAAAAAA